CGUCAAGACUCAUGCAGGACCUCUCCCUCCCAGGCCAUGCGCGCUGUCGGAUCGCCAGGAAGCACGCGUGGCAAUGGCACGCAUACUGCCUGUGCCUGCUCUCUAUAGAGUGCAGACCGCACCAAAUUUCCCCUCCCGUGCGCGCCGCGCGGUCUGGGCACGCGCGCGUGUCGUGUGCCCUGACGGAUCGAAGUGUGAGGGGAUUACACGAGGCUUGGUGCCGACGCGGGGGCAGGAACGUGGCAGAGCACCGCCCAAGCGGACGCCAGGUGCCGAGCUACCAGAGCACCGGCCUUGUAGUUCCGUCGUCCUUGCUCCUCACCCUUCAGUCCUCUGUCCUCUCGCUCUCGCUCUCACUCUCGCAGUCGAAGUCGCAUCGGCCCCUCUCCGUCCUCGUCUCCCUGUCGCCGGUGCCCGGACGCGCCAUGUCGUACAACAAGGCCCCGUCCAUCACCGCCGAGACCAUAAAUCCCAGGGUCAAGAUCUUCAGCUACGCACCUUGCGGGGAGAUCCUCAAGCACGCAGAGCGGUUGGAGCAGGAGAUGGAGGAAAACCCUGGUUCUCUGCCUUUUCAAGAGAUAAUAUACUGCAAUCUUGGGAACCCCCAGGUUCUUGGUCAGCCACCAUUAACUUUCUUUCGUGAGGUUCUUUCCCUGUGUGACAAUCCAACCCUCCUGAACAGAGAUGAAACAUGUGCCUUAUUCAGUCCUUACAGCAUAAGAAGAGCUAGGAGGAUCAUAAAUAAGAUUCCGAACAAAGACACUGGUGGAUAUACUGAUAGUCAGGGAAUCAAAUGGCUACGUCAAGUAGUUGCAGACGGGAUUACUGGAAGAGAUGGUUUUCCAUCCAAUGCAGAUGAUAUUUUUCUAACAGAUGGAGCUAGCUCGGCGAUCAAUUUGAUGAUGCAAAUACUCAUCAGGUCUCACGAAGAUGGCAUUUUGAGCCCUCUACCAGAAUACCCCUUAUACUCGGCUUCCAUCAUACUUAACGGAGGAACAAUGGUGCCAUACAAUCUUACUGAAGAUAAUGGUUGGGGGCUUGAGAUUUUUGAAGUCAAGAGAUGCUUGGAAGAGGCUCGUUCAGCUGGCUUGACUGUUAGAGCUAUGGUGGUCAUAAAUCCAGGCAAUCCUACUGGGCAGGUGCUUUCCAUCACCAACCAGGAAGAGAUAGUGGAAUUUUGUCGGAAGGAAGGUCUGGUUAUACUUGCGGAUGAGGUAUACCAGGAGAAUAUCUAUGCAGAGAACAAAAAAUUCAAUUCUUUCAAAAAAGUGGCCAGAUCACUUGGUUAUGACGAAAAUGACCUCUCCCUAGUUUCAUUUAAUUCUGUUUCAAUGAGCUACGGGGAAAGUGGCAGAAGAGGAGGCUACAUGGAGGUGACUGGUUUAGCAGCUGAUGUGAAGUAUCAGAUGUGCAAGGUGGCUUCUUUAACAAUCUGCCCCAACAUAGCUGGCCAAAUUCUUAUCAGCCUUGCAAUGGAUCCACCAAAGCUAGGAGAUGAAUCUUUUGAGUUAUUUGAUGAUGAGAAGGAAAAGAUCCGUUUAUCUUUCUGGAAGCGAGCCAAGACCCUAGAGAAAGCAUUCAGCAGCAUGGAGGGCGUGAGCUGCAACAAGUUAGAGGGUGCACUGUACUUGUUCCCACGGCUCCACCUUCCCUCUGCCGCGAUCAGGGCCGCUGAAUCCAAGGGAGUUUCACCUGACACAUUCUACGCUCACCGCCUGCUUGACGCCACUGGGAUCGCCGUUGUGCCGGGCUCUGGGUUCCACCAGGAAUCUGGGUCGAUCCAUAUCCGGUGCACGAUCCUUCCUGACGAAGGCAAAAUCGCAUCAAUGAUCCCACGCCUCUGUGCGUUCCAUAAGGCGUUCAUGAAUGAGUUCCGGGGUUCUCAGCAGCGCAUGCACGAUCUCCGCCGUUGACGCAAUGUUACGGUUAGACCGAGUGAUGUGAAUGGUGAAUCUGAAGCUAUGGCAUGUGUGUGCUGUGUACAUGGGUAAUCAGGGUGCCUGGGCUCUGGCAGAGUUAUUUGUACCUACUAUUAUGUGUUUAGUGUUCUUGCUUUCUAGUUGAGAGAGGUGCCCAUUUAUCCUCACUUUUGUUGUAUGACUUGCUACAGUGACCUGCCUAUAUAUACUGGUUAAAGUUAACCUGAGUGUUCAGGGAUAAUAUAUCUACUGUGGUAU